CAUUCUCCGAGAUCACCACUGCUCGCGCCUCAACUCAGCUGUGCCAACGAUGUCCCAGCAGCACCAGCAACCCUGCCCCCCUACCCAGCAGACCAAGCAGCCGUGCCAGCCGCCCCCCAAAUGCCCGGAGCCGUGCCAGGCUAAAUGCCCACCGCCGGCCCAUCAGAAGUGCCCGGAGCCAUGCCAGCCCAAGUGUCCACCUCCUGCUCAGCAGAAGUGCCCGGAGCCAUGCCAGCCUAAGUGCCCACCGCCGGCCCAGCAGAAGUGCCCAGAGCCAUGUCAGCCCAAGUGCCCCCCACGGGGCGGUCUGGGCCUCCUGCAGGCCAUCAUGGGCCGACAGAACCGGACUCAUGAUUUCCUGACGAAGCCCGGAAAGGCGGCACCGGAGGAAAGCCGGGAAGCCUCUCUGCAGGAGGCAGAUGCUACGUCCAGUCGGGAGGGUGUCGGAAAUCUGGGCAUUACUUCCGCAUCCACCAGCAAGAUGUCUCAGCAGGCCAAGCAGCCCACCCAGGUUCCUCCCAAGGAGCCAUGCCACCCCAAGACACCGGCACCUACUCCAUGCCACCCGAAGACUCCUGAACCCUGCCACCCGAAGACUCCCACGCCGAGCCCAGCCCCUACCCAACAGAAAGCCCCUCCAGCCCAGCAGGUCCCCAAGACCAAGCAGAAGUAGGCCCCCAUGUGGCCCCUGGAACCCACCCCCCCCAAUAUCCCCCGAC